UUGAUAAAUUGACAAACAUACCCUUCUUUAAAAUUUUUGUACAAACAUACCCUUCUAAUAUUAAAUCGUAACAAGUUUACCCUUCCAUCUAAUUAUCCGUUAAGUGACCGUUAGAUAGAUUGAGAAAUGACCCAAUUACCCCUCGUUUAGUCCUAAUUUUUGUUUUAAUUAUUUUAUAUUUUAUUAUUUAUAUCCAAGAGAUCAAUUUAUUAGAAAAAAAACCCUAAACUAACACUCCCCUAGCGUUUACUUCCUUCGCCGCCAAACCCCCAUCCACCUCCCCUUUCCAAACCCUACGCCUCAACUCCUCUUCCUCCCCAGUUUCCUUCCGCCAUCUCACCAAUCGACAAGGCCUUCUCCCGUUGUUUGUUCCUUCCGCCGACGACGAUAACGGCGGGAUCAAACGGUUCCCUCCCACCGGCAGCGGCGUUGAGGGGACGACGGAGGGGAGGAGGUGCUCUCUGAUGGGGAAAAUGCAGGGGACAAGAACAGGGUAGAGGCGAUGAUGGUGCUGGCGGAGGCGGGGAGGUUGCUGGAGAGACUGCCGAAGAACCUGGCGGUGGCGAUUCAGGACGGGAGCAUUUCGGGGUCGGUGGUUUCGAGGUUUUUGGAGCUGAAGAAAUCGGGGAUGAUGUGGUGGCUGCUGCAGUUCAAUGCGUUUAAGAAGAGGUUCUGGCGGAUGAUUUGUUCUUGGCGGUGGAGGAGCAGUGGGGGGCCGGCGUCGGAGGAAGCAGACGCAUAGGAGAGUUAAUUUAGGGGGUUUCUAAUUAAUUGAUCUCUUGGACAUAAAUAAUAAAAUAUAAAAUAACUAAAACUGAAAUUAGAACUAAAUGAGGGACAAUUGGGUCAUUUUCUAGUCUAUUUAACGGUCAAUUGAUAAUUAGAUGGAAGGGUAAACUUGUUACGAUUUAAUAUUAGAAGGGUAUAUUUGUACAAAAAUUUAGUAGAAUGGUACGUUUGUUAAUUUACCAAAUUAGAGAAAUACAAAAUGCUAUUAACCCUAGUAUAUACUGACUAAUUUUCAAAUUAGCGGAAUAACUAGGCUGCAUUUUGAGUUGAGUUUUGCUUAAAUGGGCUCAGACCAAUUUCAUCCCAGUUCAAUUUUGAGGUAUGCUGCAGAGCUCACGCUUUCAUACCAAACACCAAAAAUGAAAAGUAACGAAUGCA